ACUCCUUGGACCAGCAGGUCGUUCUGUGUGAAAUUUUUUGAAGAUGUCACGGUACUUGGAUUUUUUUUCGAGGGACUGUACAACUAAAAUUUUGAUUGCUAUUCAAACGAACUGUUAACAAUACAAAGAGAAUAAUCCGUCCAACGCGUUUAAAACAGUGUUUGAGUUUUUGUUCUUUUUCAACAUCCUGUUUUAGGCGAACAAAGCACAAAGCUAAACUCAAAAUUUAAAUGUGCUUCACUUUAUUUGAUAUCAAUAAAUCAAUUUGAUUAGUAUUAUGAUCGUGUCGAAUGUAAAUAAAUAGAUGAUGUAAAGCAGUUUGAAAAUGCUGUGAAUUUCGUUGGCAUGUCUAUUUAUUCUCUAAGAAAUUAAAAAUAAAGGUGUUUUUUAAAUUCUUGUGUUUUCAGAUUUCAUCAACUACUGUAUUCGAGAUACUUUGUUAUCUUUUGUUCUUGGAGCCAGUUUUCAUCAUAAUAUCAAAUAAGCUUCAGUAACUUAAAAAAAAAAUAAGUUUUUUAAAAUUUGGAAUUUAUUUCUUUUAUAAUGAGCUACUAAUUCAGAAAAAUUUAAUUUCUGAUGGUGUAUCGAGAUGGCAGGAGCUACUGGAUUAGAAAUAUCCAGGCGCAACCCACAAGAUGAAUAUGAUCUCAUUCAACGCAUUGGUAAUGGUACCUAUGGUGAUGUCUAUAAGACAUUCACCGCCAGUCCUGUGAGAAUUUAAAAGUCUUGCUUUGACCAGAAAAUGGUCGGAAUCCAGGCUCGUAAAAUUACAUCUGGGGAGUUGGUUGCCGUCAAAGUCAUCAAACUUGAACCAGGUGAUGACUUUGCCAUCAUUCAGCAAGAGAUUCUCAUGAUGAAGGGCUGUCGCCAUCCAAACAUUGUAGCAUAUUAUGGCAGUUAUUUAAGGCGGGAUAAACUUUGGAUUUGCAUGGAAUAUUGUGGUGGAGGAAGUUUGCAAGACAUGUAUCAUUUGACAGGUCCUUUGACAGAGCAUCAAAUAGCUUAUGUUUGCCAAGAAACUCUUAAUGGACUAGCAUACCUUCAUUCUUUGGGGAAAAUGCACAGAGACAUUAAAGGAGCUAAUAUUUUAUUGACUGAAAAUGGAGAUGUCAAGUUAGCUGAUUUUGGUGUUUCAGCCCAAAUUACUGCAACUAUUAGUAAAAGAAAAUCUUUUAUUGGAACUCCUUAUUGGAUGGCUCCUGAAGUUGCUGCUGUUGAAAGAAAAGGUGGUUAUAAUCAGCUUUGUGAUAUAUGGGCUGUUGGCAUUACUGCCAUAGAACUUGCUGAACUGCAGCCUCCCAUGUUUGACUUGCAUCCUAUGAGAGCAUUGUUUUUAAUGUCAAAAUCUGGUUUCAAACCACCACAGCUUAAAGACAAAAAUAAAUGGACACCAGUAUUUCAUCACUUUGUUAAAGUAGCAUUAACAAAGAAUCCCAAAAAAAGACCUACUGCUGAAAAACUGUUACAGCAUCCAUUUGUGCAAGUGGACAUUGGUAACCAUAUAGCUCAAGAAUUAUUAGAAAAGGCCAGAAAUCCAAUACUAAAUUUUUCUGAUUUGGAUGGAGAAGAAGAAGAGAUUUUGAUGAAUGUGCCUCAAAGAAUUGCUUCCAAAAAGUCAGGGAGAAGCAGGCAAAAAUCUCCAUCUGAUUUUAAUGAUGAAAGUCUUAACUUUGAUCUUCCUUUCAUGUCUGAAUCCUUCAAUAGCAAGGAUCUUGUUGUGGAACCGGAUUUUGAUUUGCCUACAGCUUGGAUGGAGCAAAACUUGGAUUCAGAUAUAAUUUGCAAGAGUUUAUUGGAAAUCGUAGAUGAAGAGCUUCUACUUAGGGGACAUGCAGAAAGUUUAGCUGAUUUAGAUGAUGAUUGCAAGUACUGUGAGCAAGCCACACUUCCUAUAGAUGUAAAUAAUCAAGAUUUCUCAAGUGGAAUUGAUUCUGGAGCACGAUCUGUUUCUGACCAUCUCUAUAGAAAUAGAGGAAAAUUUUUAUACUCAGACAAUUCCGAAGAAAAACCUCGGAACAGACUGUCCAGAUUCAUGGAUGAAUUAUCUAAUCAGUUUUCUCAAGAACAAGAACCUCAAAAUUCCAUAUCAUCUUUGCAACAAAAUUGUUCAAUAACUCCAACAAGUAGUCCAAGAUUGUUGUCAAAAUCUCAGAAUAAUAAUACUCUUAGUGAAGAUGAUGACAAGGAAAACAGCCAAAAAGAAAAGCUGCCACCACAAGCUCCUCCUCGCCGAAGAAAUAAGAAAAAAACUGUGUCACCUAAACCUGUAAGCAAUGGACUACCUCCUACUCCAAAAGUUCAUAUGGGUGCCUGUUUUUCUAAAGUGUUCAAUGAAUGUCCUUUAAGAAUUCAUUGUACUGCAACUUGGAUACACCCAGAAACAAGAGAUCAGCAUAUUUUAUUUGGAUGUGAAGAAGGCAUUUAUACUUUAAAUGUGAAUGAACUUCAUGAUGCUUGCAUGGAUCAGUUGUAUCCUAGGAGAACAACAUGGAUGUUUAUAGUUAAAGAUGUUUUAAUGACUUUGUCAGGCAAAACGUCCCACUUGUAUCGUCAUGAUCUGUUAGCCCUACAUAGCAAACAAACUCACAGGUUUUCUUUAUCAAUGAACAAAAUACCUGAAAGAUUUGUCCCCAGGCGAUUUUCAACUACAACUAAAGUUCCUGAUACAAAAGGCUGCAUUAAGUGUUGCAUUGGACGAAAUCCUUAUAAUGGUUAUAAAUAUCUAUGUGGAGCUGUUCCUAAUGGCUUAUUUUUAAUGCAGUGGUAUAAUCCUUUGAACAAAUUUAUGCUUUUAAAACAAUUUGAGUGUUUGCUGCCUUCAAAACUUUCAGUGUUUGAAAUGAUAAUAUCACCGGAAAUGGAAUAUCCUGUUAUAUGCAUAGAAGUUCACAAAGGGUAUGAUCGAGGAGACUUAAAACUGAAUCUGAUUAAUCUAAACUCUACCUCCAGUUGGUUUGGAAAAGAUGCCGAUGAUACCAGGACUGUUGUUUCACGACAAGAUUUGCUUAGUAUUAUUAGUAUUUCACAGCUUGAAAAAGAUACAUUAUUAGUUUGUUCUGAUAAUAUUAUCAGAGUUGUUAAUUCCCAAGGAAAGUUAAAGUCUGGCCACCAACCUUCUGAGUUUCAUUUUGAUUUUCGAAUUGAGUCAAUGGUCUGUUUAACAGAUUGCGUCCUAGCUUUUCAUAAGCAUGGGAUGCAAGGUCGAAGUCUAAAAAAUAAUGAAAUUGUUCAAGAGAUCAGUGACUCCAGUCGGAUAUUUCGGGUACUUGGUGCUGACAGUGUGGUUGUUCUUGAAAGUAGACCAACUCAUGAUUCAAAAAGUCCUUCUAAUCUUUACAUCCUAACUGGUCAUGAAAAUAGUUUCUGAAGAAUGAACUUUUUUAUUACUUAUUACUGUGUGAUAUUUGAUAGUGAUAUACGUAUGCUAUUGCUUUAAAUGAAUUGUUACUUAUGAUAUCCUGAUGCUGUUGUAAGAAACUUUAAGAUCAAUUUGAUAUUACAACAAAUUAUAUAAUGUUAAAAAAUAUUCAUUCUAUAAUAGUCUUCGUGAAAUGUUCACCUGUUCAUCAUUGUCACAAUUAUUUAAGUUCAUUUGUACAUAUAUUUGUUUCAUUUUAUUUUAUUAACUAGUAGUAUUGAAGAUGGUUUUAAUUUGUUCAAAGAUAUUUAUGUAAAAGUAUUCAAUAUGUGUUUAAUUUUUUCAUUGAAAGUAAUACAUUCAAGAAAAAUAUAAUAAUUAUUCUACCUAUAAGAAAAUAUGUAUCUUUUUUUAGGUAUAUAUGUCAAUACAAUUAGGUUACAAGUCAUUUUUUAAGCAAACAAACUUUGAUUUUGGUAUUGAAACUGUUAAUGCAAUGUUCAUCCAUAUAUGUAUUGGAGCAUACAAGAAUUAAUCAAAGACAAAACAUUUUUAAUAAAUUAGAAUAAAAAUUAAUAAUUGGGAUAAAAUAUAUCUUUUGCCUGACUUAAAAAUCAAUUUUUUGAAACGUUAAAAUAAUGUGUGCAUUUAAUAUUUAUGUCAGUAAAAUAUUGAGCAGCUAUUUUAGUUUGGAUAUGCUAAGGUUUAAAUAAUAAUCAAUAAAGGGCAAUUUAAUAUAAAUUUUAUGUAAGGUGCCAAAAAAAAAUAAAGUUAGGAAGUGUUUAAACCUAUAGGGCAUAGCGAUGACAAAUCUGUUAAGGGAAUAAAGACAUUGAGAAAUCAAGCAAAGAAACAGCUUCCAUUGAUUUUGUUGAAAAAGUAUUGCCUUAAAGUUGAAUAACAUUAAUUAAAAGGAAAACUUUUGCCUAGAGAUUUUUUAAUGCUUGUUAGUUUUUAAAUUAAUAAACUCACUCCAAUUUUUAUUGACGUUUAAUUUAAUAGAAUUUUCAAAUAUCAUGGAAAUUAAUAAAAAUAAAAUCUCAAUGAACAAAAUGUAUAGAAAUUAUAUCAUUGAUUCAUGUUGAGAAGAAUAAAAUAAUUUUUCAAUUGUACAUGCAAUGAGCAAAAUAAAAAAAAUUGAACAUCUUAAUAACACUCAAUCUAAUGAUUGAAUUUUCAUGUAGUAUCAGGAUAUAUUCUUAAUGAUUUGGGGAGCAAACCUUAACUAUGCUAAAUAAUUUGCACAAACGAUAUUUUAAGUUUAAAUUUGGGCACAAAAACAUAUUUUUUUUUGAAUAAUCAAGCAUUUUUUUAGAUAAAUAUGGAAUUUUGUUCCUCAAACUAUGAUGGGGAAAAUAUGGCAGGAAAGCAAUCGAAAAUUAGGGCCUCUGAAUGCUAAUUUUUAUUUCUUGUAUAUUCCAUUAUCUCAAAGAAAUUGUAUUUUUAUUUUUAAAAAACUAUUUCACUGAUUAACUUCAAAUUUUUGAUUUUUUCCAUUCAAAAUUAUAUUGAUUAAAGUGAUAUAAAAAUUUGUUUAUGCCUUCUGUUUCAAAAGUUGUUUGAAGGAUAGUAAAUAAAAUUAGGAAGGAUAGUAAAUAAAUAGAUUUUAAAAUAUAAUUUAAACAUUUUAUACUGCUGGUGAGUAAUAGACAGUUUGACCCUUAAUGUUAAUUUUAGCUCAGCAUAUUUUGCAAUUAGCAUAUUUUGCCAUAUCACUGAGUCACACUCAAAAAGUUUGUUUUUACAACAGUAAUUUUACAUAAAAAAUACAUUUUUAUAAUUAUUUUUUAUUAUAAUUAUUUUCUAGAAGUUUUAAAUUUAUAUGGUAUACAAUUUUUUUUAACGAUUUAAUUUUAAAUGACGAAUUGCAAAACUGGAAUAGAAUUGGUCAAAUAGUUUGUAAGGAAUGAAAAUUUGAAAAUGAGACUUUUUUUAUGCAAAUCAGCAUGAAAAAAGAUGAAAUUACGAUAUAGGACCUAAGAUUUAGAUUGCUUACCUGCCUAAACCAUUUGGACUGUUUUUCAGAUCCUAUUUUGUGGGUCGAAAAUCUAAAUAAUUCAAAAAAGAGGUGUGUUUAUUCAUAGAAAGUACAUUUUUGUCUGAUUUUGUAACUUAAAAUGUUUGCACAAAAUAAUUAAGUUUAAUAUCAUUAAGAUUGCAUCUAAGUAAAUGAAAGUUCGAUCACUAGUUUUUAAGCUUUUCCAUUUUUAUUUUGUGCACACGACGUAUGAUAUCAUUGUAAAAGUAAUACAGUGCUGUAUGAGACUAUAAAGAUAAUUUGACAUGGGCUAUAACAAUGAAUUUUAACUAAGUUUAAUCAGGCAUUUAACAUUUAUUUGGAGUUCUUUGUAUUGUCAAACUAGUUUAAUAUUAAAACUAAUUAGAAAAAAAAAA